CCUCUUCAUCGUCUUAAGAUAAGUGGUAGCGACGGCGUCGGCAAGCGAGGCCAGGGGCAACUUUUCACAAGCCAUGUCGCAACGGGGCGCUCGGAGCCCCCUGUCGGCCAAUUCUUCUCUGAACAACAUUCCCCUGUCGAGGCUGCCGAGCGGCAAGCAGAGUCGGAUACCCUCAGCCAACGCGUUGCGGAGCGACGACAGUGCCAAUUCUGGCCCUGGCUCAAGCGACUAUGCCCCGCACGCCAGCUCGUCGCAUGCAAUGAGCAACGGUGCGCCCAGCUCCUCAUCGACUGCCGCGACCACGGGAGGGAGCAGCUCGGCGCGUUCCGGCGUUUCGGUUCUUGCGCGCGCCAAUGGCCCUCGACGGAGUGUGGGCCUGAGUGCAGCGGCCGUUGGAGCGGCGGCGCAGCACGACCGCGAGGCACGCGAAGUGGUCAAGCUCAAUGUUGACAGCACCAGCUUCGAAGAGUGGAUGAAGAUGGCAACCGACAAUAAAAUCAAUGCGACAAACACAUGGGGCUUUGCGCUCAUUGACUACUUUCAUGACAUGUCGCUCUUAAGGUCAGACAACGGCGAUGGAUCCAUCAACUUCCAAAAGGCGUCUUGCACUCUCGACGGUUGUGUCAAGGUUUGGACAUCGCGCGUGGACAGCGUCGUCGUCGAGACGGGUAAGCUCCUCAGCGGGCUACAGGACGACGGCGGGGACGAUGGGAGCAAGAAGAAGAAGAAAGGCGGUACCAAUGAGGAUGGCGAAGAUGAAGACGACGAUGACGCAGGCGAGGACGGCGAAGGAGGUGGAGCCACAGGCUCAAAGAAGUCGAAGCGAUCGCGAGCAAAGGAGGCCACCCUGGGAAAGAACUUCUCUCAAAUCGCCGUCAAGAAGUACGACUUGGAGUUCAGCGUGGAUCCCUUGUUCAAGAAGACGAGCGCAGACUUCGACGAGGGCGGGGCUGGUGGCCUCCUGAUGAAUCACCUGGGUGUCGACAACCUCGCCAGAGUUGUCUUCGACGCUGGCGAUGUCGCCGGCGUGGGAAGCGGAGAAGGCGAUGUCGACGAUGGGGGUGAAGAGGGCGAGGACCAUGACCAGGCCACUGCCAUCGAGGUCAGCCAAGGUGACAUGAUCGAUCUGGGACGACUACGCUUCAAGCUCUUUGAGCAACACGACGUGCAUGACUUUGCAGAGGACGACGAGCCCUUGCCGGCUCUCCUGGCUGAGCUGCAACUCUGUCCGACCUUUGCUUCCUUCAAGUUUUCUGCCGACGACACAUCCACCUUCGCCGACCUCAUGGCCGACGCUGGAAAGCCAGAAGAGGCAAUGCCAGGGCUCACCCGAUCAUUGUCAUCGCCCAUGGACGAAGACGUGUUUGGCACCGACGACUUUGACUUUGGCAAUGACUUCGGAUACGCCAAUGACGGCGAUGUCUUUUCUGAUCCGCUGGGCAUGGAGGAUGCCUAUGGGCCACCUGCUGGGUUGCAAGGCUACGAUGGGCAAGACGCCGACUACAACGCUGGUUAUGGCCCUGGUGACAUGGGUCACGGUGGGCACGACGAUGCUCUUGGUCAGAUGUUCCCGCCCUCGCAGAACGCAUGGGGUCCGAGCCGACCGGAUCUAACAAUGGCAUUGCAGAACAUCAAAGGUAUCGGAGAGGAUGGCGAAGGCGAGGUGGACGGCGCCUUUUUCGACUACUUCGACCAGCGCUUGGUCAAGAACUGGGCCGGUCCAGAGCACUGGAAGGUGCGCAAGGCCGUCACGGGUGUCACUGCGACCAGCAAGGACGACGCGGGACCGGCGGAAAAGUCGAGCAAAAAGGCAAAGGAGCCAUUCGUGAUCGACUUUCUGUCCGAUGAAAGCGCCGUGUCCUCCAAAGAUCUCUUUGAGGUGGCCAGGGGCGGCGCAGGCACGCUGCUGCCUUCAUCAAAGAUGCCGGAGGAUGCGGACCUCUACCUCUUGCCCGAGGACCGACACUUUUCGAGCCGGCAAUUGCUGCGGCUCUUUCUCAAGCCGCGGGCAGUGCUCAACAUCCGAAGACGAGGCGGGCGACUGGGUCAGCUGGACGAUGAUGACGGGAAUAUUGGCGAUGUCGAUGAGGAGUUCUGGGCGCAAGCAGCUGCAUCUCGAGAUGCUGGGCCAACAAUGGAUGUCGACUUUGACGAUGCCGGCGCUCCUCUGCCAUUUGGCUCCUCGCAAUUCGCUGAUGACGAUGCGGGCUUCGAUGCCAUGGAUGCAGGUCCCAGCAGUCACGCGCUCGAUGCCGACGCAGAGGCUGAAGACGACGAGCUGGCGACGCAGGCCCUCAAGCGCAUCCGGCCAGAGUAUGUCAACUAUGCCAAAAAGGCAAAGAAGGUCGACGUCCGGAAGCUCAAGGAGCGCAUCUGGAGCGAGCUGGGCAUCGCAGAGGACCUCGCGAGGGAAAAAUCUGCAGCCAGUGAGAUUGGCGAGGACGACGGCGAUGACGAAGAGGGCAGCAGAAUGCGACGAGCCUCCUCGGUCGCGUCCACUGCGUCAUCGUCAGUGUCGACGGAUAAACGGACGUUCCAGGACAUUCUCGGGGGCCUUCGGAAGCAGUAUCCAAAGGACCAGAUGGAAGAGAUCAGCACGUCGUUCUGCUUCAUCUGUCUGCUGCACCUGGCCAACGAGGAGGGCCUUGAGAUCACAAAGCAGGCUCGCAUAGUCGAAGAUGACGAUGACGAUUCCGGCGGCGAAUUCGAGCAAGAAGACGACGGGACCCAGGAUCUCGUUGGACAGCUCGAACUCCUUUCGAUCGCAAAGGAUCCCAACGCCGGCCGAUCGGCAUGAUACGGACGUUAUGUUUGGCAGUGUUGUAAUUGUUAUUUGCUUUCCCCUGUUUGUGCUCUCUCUCUCGCUCUACUCUGCCGCAUAUCUACUACUACAAUUACAUCUGUGACUUG